UAAUUUAUCGCUUGUUGUGCAGCAUUUAGUGUUUGACACGUGUUUACAGAUAACCGGACAUUUUUGAGUGCCUUUGUAUGCAGUAUUCAAACAGACGCUAAACACGAGAGUAUUUUUCCAUUUCACCAGUGCAUAUAGAGCUGUGAACAAUGGAUGCAUUUGCAAUCCCUGAUUUGAUAAUCAAGAAAAGAAACGGACAAGCCCUCACCACAGGGGAAAUUAAAUAUUUUAUCCAAGAGGUGGUGAAGGGUGAAAAAGGUGGAAUCCAACAAUGUCAGCUCGGAGCGAUGCUGAUGGCAAUAUACUUGAAAGGUUUGACAGACGAGGAGACUGUGUGUUUGACCAGGGAAAUGAUAAAUUCGGGCGACGUGCUAGGACCUUGGCCGGAAGAAUGGAAGGACAAGGUCGUGGAUAAACACAGCACAGGGGGCGUGGGAGACAAAGUCAGCCUCAUCCUAGCACCUGCUCUUGCAGCUUGUGGAAUGAAAGUUCCCAUGGUUUCGGGGCGGGGCCUCGGUCACACUGGGGGAACCUUAGACAAGCUAGAGUCCAUUCCCGGAUUUACUGUCGAUGUGUCCAAAGACGAUAUCAGGAAGAUAGUGGAGAAAGUCGGCUGUUGCAUUGUGGGACAGACAAAAAACUUAGUUCCGGCUGACAAGGAAAUGUACAAAGUACGUGACGUCACUGGGACCGUUGACACCUUUGGUCUUAUAGCAGGUUCCAUAAUUUCCAAAAAAGCAGCUGAACAGCCGAAAGCUCUUGUCUUGGAUGUUAAGUUUGGGAUUGGAGCCGUAAUUCAAGACAAGGAUCAGUCAAGGGAAUUGGCGCGGAAAAUGGUGACCAUUGGAAAAGGUCUCGGUGUAGAAACAUCAGCCCUGUUGACCGAUAUGAACAACCCCAUAGGUAAAAUGAUCGGGAAUGCCCUGGAGGUGGUGGAAUCCAUUGAUUGUCUCUAUGGAAACGGACCACGUGACCUUGAGGAUCUCGUCCUUAAACUAGGUGGACAGUUGAUGUUCCUCAGCGGUAACGCCCCUUCAUCCGAAGCAGGAGAGACGAAACUUAAGGAAACACUAAACAACGGAUCAGCGGCCAAAAAGUUUGAGGACAUGAUCAUUGCACAAGGAGCUGACCCCGAGAAAGCCAAAGUAUUGUGUGAUAAGAAUGCUGACGUAUGGAGUGUGCUCCCAAAAGCAAAGUUCAUAACCCCGAUAAAGAGCCAAAAGACGGGUUACGUCAAUGCUAUACAAUCACGUGAUUGCGCCGAAUGUUCUCUGAAACUUGGAGCUGGUCGCCAAGCAUUUACGGAUCCAAUUAACUAUGCAGUUGGGCUAGAAAUUUGUGUUGAUAUUGGGUGUGAAAUCAAGGAAGGUGACCCAUGGAUUAAAGUUCACCAUGAUUGUGACGUCAUUCCUGAUGCUAUAAAAAGCAAAUUGAUGAAAUCAAUUGAUAUACAGCCAACUAGACCAAAAAAUAUCCUGGCCACCAGGGUAUCCGAAGUCAUUUAGAAUGAUACAUGUGAAAAUGGAAAUCAUAUUAUCGAAAAAAAAAAGGUUUUUACUUCUUGUUAUGUAAAACAGUUAACAAUUGUAACAAUCCACAGGCAGCGGCUAUUACCUUUUCCUCAAUUUGUAAAAUUGUCAAAAUUAUGUAAUGAUCUAGAAAUAAAGGUUAUUCAAGGUAAACGUAACACUUUUACACAAAAUUGUGCAAUUCCAUGAACAGAUUUGUGUAAUUAAAUUCGAGGUAGUUAAUGUAUUUUACUUUUAUUGUAGAUUAAAUUACUCAUAUACUA